AUGGGAAACUGUUUGGAUGGAGGAAACAACAUUGAAAGAAUGGUACAAGAAAAUCAAGAAUUGAAGAAAGUUGACAACAGAAAGAACCGGAAAGUGAAGAUUGUUUUGAGAAGAGAUGAGCUAGAGAAACUCAUUCUCUUCCAGUUAAACGCUGGCAAAGGAGAAACAACUUUGGACUCUUUAGGCGAUUUUCUCAAGGAGUUAGAGGCGGAGAGAUCUGCCGGUGGAGCCGCAGCAAAGGCGGUAGAAGAAGAGGAUGAGUCUUGCCGGAGAAGUAAAAAAUGGAGACCGUCGUUCGACAAAAUCAUUGAAUGGCCCGAAGAAACACUUGCGUAAUCACUUCCUUAAUUUAGAUCAUUAAGGUUUUAAAAUUUAUUUUUAUGUUUCUGAGUAUGGAGUUUUUUGUGGGGGGAGUUUGAUUUUUCAGGAUUUUUUUUCUCCUUUUUCCGAUGGAAUUUUUCAUCUGAGAUAUGUUUUGUUCUCAGAGUGAGAUAUCUUCGGUGUUUGAAA